AUGAAUGUUCUUGGUCUGACUGGAGGAUAUACCCAAGCCAGCAUGGGUCCUUUAGACCCAGUUAACGCCACAGGUGACGUCACUAAUGGAGAAGGAGACUCCACCGGUUGGCAGCAGGAGCACAUGAGCAACGUUAGCACGGACUCCCACAAGCCUGCUUUCGUGGAUGACAUUACCAAACACUUGAGCGUUCAGAUUGCUCUCAUAACUGCUUAUUCGCUCAUAAUCCUCCUGGGUCUGGUGGGAAACGCCCUGGUUAUUUACAUGAUCAUUAUUUACAAGAACAUGCGCACCGUUACUAACUACUUCAUCGCCAACCUGGCUCUGGCAGACCUGAUGGUGGAUACCAUGUGCUUGCCUUUUACUCUGGUGUACACUUUAAUCGACGAGUGGAAGUUCGGGGCGGUGAUGUGUCACAUGGUGCCUUACGCGCAAGCCCUGACCGUCCACGUGUCCAUCCUGACGCUCACGGUUAUCGCUCUGGAGCGCUACAGGUGCAUCGUGUUCCACAUGAACGAGCACCUGAGCAGGUUUGCCAGCUUCACCAUCAUUAGCCUGACGUGGGUUUUCGCUGCCAUUCUAGCCGGACCCUUGGCUAUCUUCCGGGAGUACCGGUACGAGGAGAUCACCUACAUCAACCUACGGAUAGCGGUAUGCUCUGAAAAAUGGCCUCAUGGGACCAACCGGGAUGCCAUAAUAUACAGCUUCUCCAUGCUGGUUUUGCAGUACGUGCUUCCGUUGGGCAUCAUCAGCUACGCGUACAUGUGCAUCUGGGUUAAACUGAAGAACCACGUCAGCCCGUGCAACCGUAACGACCACAUCAUGCGGCGCAGGAAGACCACCAAGAUGCUGGUCCUGAUGGUGGUGGUUUUCGCCGUGUGUUGGCUUCCAUUCCACGUGUUCCAGCUCGCCAGCGACCUCGACCUGGUCCUGAAAUUUAAAGAGUACAAGCUGCUUUACACUCUGUUCCACAUUGUGGCCAUGUGCUCCACCUUCACCAAUCCGCUGCUCUACGGCUGGAUGAACAAGAACUACAGGAACGGCUUCCUCAUGUUCUUCCGCUGCCAGCACAAACCCGACACCAUACAUCCAGAGGGUUCGUUCCGGACUCGGUCCAUGCGGGGCGUGGUUGUGAACGGCUACAAUACCAGACAGCCGGCGACUGCUGUCUGAACGACAGACGGACUGGAUUUAUUUCAGAGAUCAGGCCUGCUGUGAAUAUUCUGAAUCAUACAACCAAACAGUUGCAUGCUUUCCAUUCUGAUGAUGCACUGUGUUCAGAAACCUAUUUAUUAUUGGUCAAUUUUACACGUGGUGAACAGUAAAACUGCUAGGUGUCUCUGCAUUGCUUAUUUUUUGUGAUUUUUU